AUGGCCUCCAUACGUCAUGAGUCUCUCGACCGCGAGGACCGCGAGGAUGCCCCAUUCCUCGACUCCCCCGAUUUAAGCACCCCGGGCUCAGCCCAUCGCCAUGUUUCUAGCAAGCCCAAUAUAGGAAGCCACCCAGUCAAGGCCAAUGCCUCUGCUAGCACCAUCACCUUUCGCCUCAAGGUGACCCUAUUCGCCAUGGUCCUCGCUGUUGAAAUCGGCUUUGCUUUCCUGGAGGGCCCCAUGGUCCGAAUCAUGGAGUCUAUUGCUUGUCGUCAGUAUUUCUUGGGUGUGGAUCCGACUAAGAUCGGUGCGGAUGGACAAGUGCCCGAGGCCAUGUGUAAGAUUGGCGAGGUGCAAGCUGAACUGGCGGCUGUGAAGGGCUACCAUAUGUUCUUUGAUGGGUCACUGAGCGCCCUAUUGGCGAUUCCCUAUGGUCUGCUGGCAGACCGUCGUGGCCGCAAAUCUACCCUCGCCUUGUCUCUUCCCGGGUUUGGGUUGAACGCCUUAUUUACAAUCCUCAUAUUGUGGUUCUCGGAUAUAUUUCCCCUGCGUGCGCUUUGGUUCACUGCCUUGACGUGGUUGUUUGGGGGUGGUCCAGUCGUGUCGUUCGCGAUUAUCUGGACCAUGAUGGCCGAUGUAACCAACGAGUCGGAAAGAGCGGAACUCUUCUUUCAAUUUGCAAUCGUAUCGAUGGGUGCCGACUUCGCUUCAAGUGCUGUUAGUUCUUAUCUGAUGACUUUGAAUCCUUGGAUACCAUUGGUGGUUGGAUUCGCAAUUGUAAUGGCCGGAAUGAUGCUCAUUUUGGCCCUACCGGAAACGAAACAUGCACUGCCACCCCGGAAAGCCGAACCAACUCAUGUGGAGAUGUCGGAUUUGACACAUGACACCGAGCCAAAAAAUUCUAUACAUAUCCCUCGCGAACCCGAACCAUAUCGCGCAGAACCCGACAUGAAUGGUGAUCAUGACGACGAACCGCCUUCUUGGAGUAUCCAAUCAUACUCCCACCGAUCUAUUUUGGCAAAGUUCCGCGCAAAUUACCGCUUUUACCUUAGACCCUACCGCUUCAUCCUCAACCGAAAACCAGUGCUCCUCCUUCUCACUGCGUUCCUCGUCUACCGCCUGAGCCGAGGUUCAUCCUGGUUUUUGACCCAAUAUAUAUCGACACGUUAUUCAUGGACACUGGCACAGGCCAACUUCUUGGUAUCUGCUCGUCCGACUGUGUCAAUCCCGCUGUUCCUCUUUGUCCUACCUUUCCUCAAAAGACGAGUCGUGAAUCCCCGACUUUCCUCAACAGAAAAAGACCUCUGGCUAGCGCGGCGCAGUAUAUUCUGUCUUACUGUUGGAACCCUCGGAAUCGGCCUCUCCCCAACCAUUGCGACCCUGAUCCCCAGCAUGAUUGUCCAGACCUCAGGAUCGGGCUUCGUUUUCCUUGCCCGCUCCAUCAUUACCACUUUGGUUGAACGUGAUGAGACUGCUCGCUUGUUUACUGCGAUUGAGAUUAUCCAAUCAUUGGGAAAUGUGGUUGCGAGUUUAUCCAUCACCACCGUUUUCCAGAUUGGGCUGCGUCUCGGUGGAGUUUGGAUUGGUCUCGCGUGGAUGAUGACCAGUACGCUCUUCUGUUUGGUCGGAGUAGCCAUCUGGUCUUUUGAUCUUCCUCCAAGUCCUCCGACACCGGACCUUUCGGAGGAUUAUGACGGGGAUGACAGGGCAUACUCACAGUUUCGGGAUCGAGGCUCGGGAAUUGCACCCUUCCUCCCAAUCCCCGUUGAACCACUCGGCCUCCAAACGCCUCUUCGCAUUUUCCUCUUCUGCUUCCGCCUCCCGCUAUUUAUUUUCGUCACUCUUAGCUAUUUUUUGAUCCUACAAUGGCUUCCUAUCGGAUCGCUGGGCAAAAAGGCUGCUUUGUGGUGUAUACUUGGAGUUCCCAGCAUCUGGUGGAUUGACCUUCAAGUGGACGGAGUGCGCAAAGGGUCUUUGAAACAGCAGCAAGCACGUCUGCCCCAACCCGGCUCGGUCAUCGCCUCGUCCUUCACAUCACCCAUUGAUGCCGUGUACCUGGCAGCUAUCUUCGACCCGAUCUUCACAGCAUCCUACCCCAACACUCGCCAGGUCGAGCGCAUCUCUCUGUUCCAAGCCAUACUGCGAGCCUUUGCUUCCCCCGCAACGCAACCGGCCCCUGGUGCCCUGAUGGUGGAUGUCUCGAGCUUGGUCGAGAAGUACCCCAACAGGCCGAUUGUAUUGUUCCCAGAGUGUACCACCACCAAUGGCCGCGGCAUCUUGACCCUGAGCAACUCCCUUCUCAGCGUACCUCCCAAGACCAAGAUCUUCCCCGUCAGUCUGCGCUAUACACCUAUGGAUAUCGUGACCCCCCUCCCUGGGAGUUAUAUGAGCUUGCUGUGGACGCUUCUUAGCAAGCCGACCCACUGCAUCAGAGUGCGCAUCGCGGAGUGCAUCACAAGAAGCCAAAAUGCCAUUGAUACAGCUCCCUCUCUGUCGGCUGCGAAGUCGACCUAUACUACGAAUUACAAUUACCUGGACACACUGGACCGGGACGGGCAAGAACAGGCCUCGCCCAGCGAGAAGGCGCUGCUGGAUAAUGUGGGCGAGUCGCUCGCUCGUCUUGGUCGGGUCAAGCGGGUUGGCUUGGGGGUGAAAGAGAAGCAGGAAUUUUCUCGAGCUUGGAGUAAGAGUCGUCGGACAUGGUGA